AUGGCACCCGCUAUCACCAUCGACAACACAUCUGACUUUUCGUUCGCCCCGCCGCCGACAAAGUCGCAAGCAAGAACGCUCCUUCUCGCCCCACCUUCAAUCGCCUCACACCCCGACGCCCUCAACAGUAUCGUAGAAGCCCACGAUCGCAAUGCUACCGAUAUCCAGAUGCUCGAUCGUCUCGCCCUCGGUCUCGUCUCGCUCCCUGCCUCCACAUACGACAUUGUCCUCUUACUCACCAAUGUCGACGGCUCACGUGAGCCACUCAAUCGCGCAGUAAUCGAGAAACUCGUGCCUUCGCUCAGAGCUGGUGGAAUCCUGAAGAGUCAGGAUGGUUCAUUCGGUACAUCGGCGUCGUCUGAGCAGACAGAGGCCAUUCUUGCUGGUCUUGUCCAGCAUGCCAGUGGUGGCAUGUCCAAGCCUGCAGCCAUGGCCGCGCAAACCGUCAGUUUGAGUUUUGGAAAGAAGAAGAAGGCCAAUGCUGCAGCCGUGCCCUUGAACAAUGUCGAGGCUAUCAACAAGAUUAUUACCGAGACUCCUCAGCCUGCCGCACCCUCAGCGCCAGCAGGGGUCGGCUUCGACAUGGGCGACGAUCUAGAUGUGGAGUUCUACGAUGAAGACGACGAGAUGGAGUUGCCAUCAAAGGAGGAGUUGCUCAACGGCUCCACAAUCGACCCCAACACACUCCUCAGCGAAGAAGACCGCAAGCGUCCCAUCAACAUCCCUGAAGCCUGUAAGCCCAAUGGCAAGAGGAGACGCGCAUGCAAGGACUGCACCUGCGGACUCAAGCAAAAGAUCGAUGCCGAGGACAAGGCCAAGCGUGAGGCCGCCGACAGCGCACUCAAGACUAUGAAGCUGGAUACGGAUGAUCUUGCCGAGGUCGACUUUACAGUGCAGGGCAAGGUUGGCAGUUGCGGUAACUGCGCUUUGGGCGAUGCUUUCAGAUGUGAUGGGUGCCCGUACAUUGGUCUGCCUGCUUUCAAGCCUGGAGAGGAGGUGCGCUUGCUCAACAACGACAUCCAGCUGUAA